CGCGCGCAGUGUUGCAUUAUGGGACCGUUACAGACGCAUACACACCAAUUCAGUUUUCCCGCUAAAUUUAACGGGGAAAUUGACUUUACGUGACCGUAUGUCACUCCAUGAUAGAAUGCUUGACGUGUCCAACUUAUUUGCCCAGCAAUUAGCCAUGCAUUUUUUUAUCAAUAUUUCUCCAAAAUGCGGCUUAAUUGUGGCCAAGAAAAAAAAAAAUUAAAAGGCACACUCCUACCUGCAUUAACAAACACACCUGUCUCUUUUAAAAUUGUUUAUUCGAAAAAAGACAACAGUGUAACAAAAUGUCGAUGAUUUAUUCAAACGUUAAUUUUGGCCUAUUUCAAAAAGGAACAUGCGAAAAAAAAAAAUUGCUUCCAUUCGUAUAUAAAUAUACUCUCUUCUAACAACCAUACACUGUCUUCCAAUAACUACAUGCUGUCUUCAAAUAACCAUGUUGCAACUCCUUUCUUGUUUGUUACCCAAGAUUUGCAAGACCCAGAACGCACAAAAUGAAGCGAUCGACGACUACAAAGCUCGCAUCAUCCGAAGGGCAGUCCUGGAAUUUCAGGACGGGAUGUACGUCAACUUGGGCAUCGGUAUCCCCCUACUUGCCCUGAGCUACAUGCCCAAGGGGAUUCGGGUCGUGCUCCACAGCGAAAACGGAAUUUUGGGUGUGGGCCCUUACCCGACGGAAGAUGAGGUGGACCCUGACAUCAUCAAUCCUGGCAAAGAAACAGUCACCGCCCUGCCUGGAGCAUCCUUCUUCAGCUCCGACGAAUCGUUUACGCUGGUCAGAGGGGGCCAUCUUGACCUCACAAUGCUGGGCGGAAUGGAAGUGUCGCAACACGGAGAUCUGGCCAACUGGAUGAUUCCUGGCAAGCUGUUGAACGGGAUGGGCGGAGCCAUGGACCUGGUGUCAAGCAAAGCGCUCGGGACCAAGGUCGUGGUCACCAUGCGACACGUCACCAAUGACGGCAGGCCCAAGAUCCUGGAGAGGUGCACGCUCCCGUUGACGGGACUCCGCUGCGUCGACCUCAUCAUCACGGACAUGUGCGUGUUCGAAGUAUGCGAAGACCAAGGCCUCACACUUACAGAAAUUGCGGAGGGUCUCGGGCUAGAGGACAUCAUCCGAAACACAGGGUGCGCCUUCAAGGUAUCACCCGGACUCAGGCCGAUGCAGCAGGCGGACACGUGACGGAAACACGCCUACAAUCCGAAAAUAAAGUUGUUUUCGUUUUAUAGAUGUUGUUAAA